AUGGGUGCAGUAAGAUGGAAAUCUGUAGUGAAAUACUUUCCCCUCACCGUUGUACUGAUGUUGGCUUUGUAUCUAAUCGAUAAUUCCACCUCCAACGUUGUUACACAAGAAAACCUAGUUAUUUUCAAAGAGAAUAAAAUUGUUACUAAUAAUAACACCAUUUCAGGCUGUGAUUUGUUUUCAGGGAAGUGGGUUUAUGACGACGUUUCAUACCCUCUUUACAAAGAGGGAGAGUGUACUAUGAUGGAAGAUAGUUUUGCAUGUGAGAAAAGUGGGAGAAAGAAUUUGAAAUAUCAAAAUUGGAGAUGGCAACCUCAUCAAUGCGAUCUUCCCAGGUUUAAUGGGACCGCAUUAUUGGAGAAAUUAAGAAAUAAAAAGCUUAUAUUCGUGGGAGAUUCAUUGGGUAGAAAUCAAUGGAGAUCAUUCAUUUGUCUAAUUGAACCAUAUCUUCCACCGUUAUCAAGAAGGGGUGGAGUUUCGCAUAAUUUAUUUGAUGUGUUUGGUAAACAUGUAAAGGAAUAUAAUGCGACAAUUAGAACAUACUGGUCUCCGUAUCUAGUGGAGUCAAACUGUGAUGACCCAAUACGUCAUUCGGCGGAUAGUAAACCCACGAUACGGUUUCAAUCUAUAGAGAAGCAUGGGAGAAAUUGGAUUAAUGCAGAUGUACUUAUAUUUGACACAUUUGCAUGGUGGACUGUUCCAGAUAUCACUCUUUUGUGGGGUUCACUUGAAAAUUCUAAUGCAAUAUAUAAACAAGUGAAAAUGUCCGUACGUGAGUAUGAAGUAGCUUUAAAUACUUGGUCAGAAUGGGUGGAAUUUCAAGUUGAUCGAAACAGAACCAAGAUUUUCUUCAUGAGCGCUUCACCUUUUCGCCUAGGAAAGACACAUUGGGGAACUAGUCCAAGUUGCUACAACAUAACAAAGCCAAUAUUUGAUGAAACAUAUUGGGCAAAUGGUGUUGACCGAAACUUGAUGGAGAUUGUGGAAUCAACUUUAAAGAAGCUUGAAGAAAGAGGAAUUAAAGUUGAAUAUAUGAAUGCAACUCAAUUAUCAGGAUAUAGAGAAGAUGCACGUCCAUCAAUUUAUAGGCCGUUCCUGAAAGUUGCAUUGAAAGACAUCACACCAAAUAAAUAUGCGGAUUGUUUGCAUUGGUGUCUUCCAGGAGUGCCGGAUGUUUGGAAUCAGAUUCUUUAUGCUUAUAUUAUGAAAUCUUAA